CUCUCCGCAGGUAAUGGUGUAUGAGUGCAUAUUACCAGUUGAUCAGGUCCGUCGUUCACGGUCUUUGUUUGGAGGCUGUUGGGUACUCGAGAACUUUCGAUUCGGGCCGAGCAGUUGAAAAAGUGGGAAACGAUUACAUGGCGAAGGCAGCACAGGUUUUGCCUAUGGACCUUGACCAGGAUGCACGGUCCCUUCUCCAACAGCAACAAGAGGGUCACAAUAAGGAACUGGACCGGAAAGAUUCGGUGCGCGCUCGGCUACUUGCGAUUUCACGGGUCGAACCAGUUGUGUCAGGCUCACCUCUGUGCUCUAUGAUGCCCUUGUCUCCUGUGAAGGUCAAAAGAAGUCCUGAAUCAACUCACCAGGGCGGCAGUGAAGACGAGUUCCGUCGCAAGUUGAUCUCAAUAUCAUACGCCGAUGUUAUUCUACCAGAUCAGUAAGUAGAUCAGUUUUGGAGUUAGACUCAUGUCUCGUGGAGACUUGCCAUCGAAGGAAGUAGUCACCGGGGACGGUAUAAUGCAUGCGUGAUACUACAAUUCAUACCUAGUUAGAAAGCAGUGUACUGAUUAUAUCUCAAGUCAGAAACCUGAUUUGAGAGCCUUAGGAUUCAGGUGGGUUGGGUGUAUAACUCGAAGCUGCUGUAGUAUCAUGUUGUAGUCUUUACUGUUUGCUUGGCAUGAUGGUUUGAGGUUUGGUGGGUUUCAUUUCCUGUACGAGUGUGAAACAGGGAUUACCCUUGAAGCUUGUAAAUCUCGACGACUGGACUUUAUACUUCGUUUUAGAAAAAUCGAAUGUAGCUUUUAUGGUUCAACGUGUACGAUUUCAACGGUCAGGGAUGAGGAAGAAUGAUUUGACUCGGCAAUGGAUUUGAGGACACCGUUCUACGACUGGUGGUUGGUAUUGGAAUCUGAGUAAGCUGAUGAAGAGCAACAAGAUAUGUGGGUAUUUGUGUUUCUCAACAUGAUUGUUUUUGUUUAAUAGAAGUGGUAGUACAGAGGUGUUCAAAGUAUAAAGUUGUUUUAUGAACCAUUUUUUUUAGAGUGAGAUAACCACUCACAGCUUAUCAACCUUCCUACGUAGGGAUUUUUAAUACAAGUUUUUCAUCUUUUUCGUGAA